UCAUUUUCUGGGUCGGUCAAUUUUCAUGUCACUUUUGCCUUUGAGUAUACAAUAUGUUAAACCGACAUCAUCAAUUUAACAUUGUUCUAACAAUUUGCGUGGCGGUGGCUACUAGCAUAUUCCAGCAUGGGAUUAUGCUCUAGUGAAUCACUUUGUCUUUAUCAAGCUUCUUAACUCAAACAUGGGAUUCAAGUCACAGAACACUACCAAGCACCGUAAAUCACUUCAAUGUCAUGCCCUUUUAGUCAUACUGCGACACCUGCUAGAGGACUAAAGUAGUUUGGAAUUUCGACUAAGAUUAAUAUAAGUAUAUAUUCACCUUUAAUUUUCACUUCUUAUCACGCUUCUGACUUUUGAUAUCGAUGGAGCUCAGUUCAUUCUCUUCCAAUUCGGCGUGCAUUUCUGAGACUGUAAAUGCUGGAAGAACAACAACCUAUUCCUCUUUGCUCUCUAAUUUCAGCAGCGUUAGAUUCUCUAGACAGCUCAACUGUUUCGGAGGGUUAUUUCUGAGGAACUAUGAAGCCUUGAAUAACAUUUACAUGGCUCAUAGAGCUGUCAUCAGUUCAGUUGGUCGAGAUGAUCUUGCGGCAGAAACGAGUUUCCAUCAUACGAAUGGCAUAAAUGGCUCAACUUCUAGCUUGGGUUACAGAAAUCUGAGAGUACUUGAUGCGUUUGAUGAUGUGUAUGAAGGGAUUGUAGUUGAUUCAGAUGGUUUACCAGACGACCCCACUAACUUCGAAGCUAUUCUGCGUUUUUCUCUUUCUCAUUGGAAAAAGAUGGGAAAGAAGGGGAUUUGGCUUAGAUUGCCUUUAGAGAAGUCUGACCUAGUUCCGAUAGCUAUUAAGGAAGGCUUUGGAUACCACCAUGCAGAACCAGGAUAUGUGAUGUUAACAUACUGGAUUCCUGAAGGAACUUGCAUGCUUCCAUUUAAUGCAUCACAUCAUGUAGGAGUUGGGGGAUUUGUCAUCAAUCACAGAAAUGAGGUCCUUGUAGUCCAAGAGAAGUACUGUGCUCCUGCAAAUCGUGGUCUUUGGAAGAUACCAACGGGAUUUGUUCUACAGUCAGAGGAGAUAUAUGAAGGAGCCGUAAGAGAAGUGAAGGAAGAAACUGGGAUUUGUACCGAGUUCAUUGAAGUCAUAGCAUUCAGACACGCGCACAAGGUGGCAUUUGAGAAGUCAGAUUUGUUCUUCAUCUGCAUGUUAAGAGCCCUGUCAGCUGAGAUCACUGUUGAUGAUCCUGAAAUUGAAGCUGCCAAGUGGAUGCCUCUGGUUGAGUUUGUAGAGCAACCACUUCUCCAAGAAGAUUCAAUGUUCAAGAAGAUCAUAAAUAUCUGUAUUGCUUGUGUUGAGAAACGUUACAGUGGACUAUCUGCACAUCACAUGGUUUCCAAACUUGAUGGCAAGUCAUCUUCCCUGUACUAUAAUGUCAUCAACAUGUAAGAUAUCAACUGUAUCACUCAAAUCUAAAAAGCAUGAGCAAGUGCUCUUUUAGUGCAGCUAAUUAAUACACUAUACUAUUUUAAUUCUUCUCAAAUUUGAGCAACAAGUUGAUACCUGAGAUAACCAUACACUAUAGAUAGUGAUACCUAAUUUGUUAAGUAAUGAAACUGAGAUUUUACGUGGAU